AUCCUAUAUCCAAUCGAAGGCACCCUCAGACGACGCUCGCUUUGUUCAAGAGCACAGGAUUCUCGCAGCAGACAGGAGGUCAUGAGCAGUAGUGUCAUCAUGGCUCCUUCUCCCGUCAUCAAUGUCGUCCGAUACUCGGCCCUGGUAGGCGGAAUUGCAUACGGUAUCGUUCACAGGAGGACGCUGCAGGCACGAGAAGAUGCCAAGGCGGCAGAGCGAGCAUACAAGCACAAGGAGGACUUAAUAAGGCAGGCCAAAAAGGCGUACGCCGAUAGGCUCGUCGCUGCGAAUUCGGGCUCAGGAGUCGUCACCAACCCAGACGACCCAAAGUUCGAUCUCGAAAAGUUCUUGGUACACCUCGAAAAGCAAUUAUAGACUCCAGUCUCGUGCCCUCUCUCCCUCUCUCUACAAUUUCAAUCGUACCACAUUGUAAUUCCAACCAGGAUACCGCUCGAGCUAUACGUGGUUCACAUUCUCGAAGUGCUCCAGGGGAUGGCAUGGCAUGCAUGUUCUUGUGACUUGGCCGUAUCCGGAGGUAUUACGCUCAAGCGCACGGGGAAGAGAUGGGGGUUGCUUGAGCAGUAAGAGCAUAUUUCAUGCAUCAUCAGAAUCCGCAGCCGUCUGGCGCAGAGUUCAUCUUGCACGAAUAGGAAGGCGAAGAGAGACGAUGUUAUGAAGCAGUGCUUACGAACAAGAGCAUAGAUGGAUUGAAGAUGGCCGCCGGAUGAGGCCAAAUCGAGGCAAAGCUGUUCGGCGCCUUUUAAGAAACCCCGCGCCUUCCUAGCGUUCCGACUUGUGUA